AUGGAUACAGAUAAUAAUCCACCUAAGGAGGACAUGAAUGAAGUGGAGGAGGAAGACAUAGAUGAAGUAGAGGAGGAAGACAUGGAAGAAGUAGUGAAGGAAGACAAAGAAGAAGAGGAGGAAGAGGAAGAUGAAGAUGAUAAUGAGCACAACCCUAAAACUGAUAAUUUAGAAGAAACUUAUAAUGAUGAUGAUUAUUAUAAUGUUGCUCGUUCUCAUGGGGGUGAUGGAGGAAGUUAUCCUCCUCUUGGUGCGAGAAAUAUUAGAGCUGAUUGUGUGCGAGAAAUAAAGGGCAGCAAGGAGCUCUCUUCAAUCCAAAAAGAGGGGGAAACGAAAAAACCAGCAAGUUCAGCUGUUGAAAUUCCCCCAGUAGUUAUAGCAUUCGAUCAGCAUUCUGCUACAGAAAAGCCUUUGCAAAAGCCACCUCCACCAUUUCCUCAACGAUUCAAGAAGUAG